UCUCUCUCUCUCUCUCUCUCUCGCGAAAUGCGAGUCAAACGUGACUCGUCUUUGUGGAGUUCUUGUGGAGGAGUCCUUGCAGAGAGGAGUGGUCUGGAUCGCGUGUGCACUUCCAGCUCGACGUCUCCUUGAACGCAGCAGCCCCGUGUGAAAGCACAACACAACGCAGCAGAACAGAAGAGACCCUCUGGCCCCCUGCCUUUUUUCGCCCCUCCGAACUUGAGCCCCUAUCUCGGGCUAUGUCCGCCUUCUGAUCGCCGCCGCGGAGACGGAGCGAGUGCAGACGGAGUAAAAGGCGUCUCUUCCCGCCUCGACCAUUGGCCAGCCAGCUUUCUUCCAACCAUGUCAACGCAGGCGAAAGUGAAGAAGGACAAAGAGAUCAUAGCCGAAUAUGAGAGCCAAGUGAAAGAGAUCCGUAACCAAUUGGUGGAGCAAUUCCGUUGUUUGGAGCAGCAGUCGGAGUCCCGCCUGCAGUUGCUGCAGGACCUACAGGACUUCUUCCGCCGGAAGGCUGAGCUCCAGCUGGAGUUCUCCAGAGGCCUAGACAAACUUGCAGAGCGCUACUCAUCCAAGAUCCGCACUUCUAGAGAGCACCAGCAUUUCAAGAAGGACCAAAAUCUGCUGUCCACUAUCAACUGCUGGUACUUGGUUUUGGACCAGACCCGGCGGGAGAGCAGAGACCACGCGACAUUAAGUGACAUCUACAACAACAACGUCAUUGUCCGCCUGACGCACGUGGGCGAUGAUGUCCUCAGACUUUUCAAAAAGAGCAAAGACAUCGGAGUGCAGAUGCAUGAGGAGCUUGUGAAAGUCACCACUGAGCUCUACACAGUAAUGAAGACGUACCACAUGUACCACACGGAGAGCAUCAGCGCCGAAGGCAAGCUGAAGGAGGCCGAGAAGCAGGAGGAGAAGCACAUCGGCAAGGGCAACGACAUCAGCGCCGCCUUGCUGCGAUAUGGUCACGAUGAAAGGCCGCAGCGACGAAGCUCUGUGAAGAAGAUGGAGAAAAUGAAAGAGAAGAGACAAGCCAAGUAUUUUGAAAACAAACUCAAGUGUACUAAGGCCCGCAAUGACUAUCUUCUCAAUCUGGCAGCCACUAAUGCCUUGGUGGCAAAAUACUAUAUCCACGAUGUGUCCGAUAUGAUCGAUUGUUGUGAUAUGGGGUACCAUGCUAGCUUGACGCGGACCCUGAGAACCUACCUGUCGGCCGAAUAUAGCCUGGAGACAUCUCGACAUGAGGGUUUGGAUGUUCUAGAAGGAGCAGUGGACGCCAUGGACCUCCGAGGAGACAAGCACAAGUUCAUGGACAUGCACUCUCAGAUGUUCUGUCCUCCGGCACGCUUUGACUAUCAGCCGCACAUGGGCGACGAGGUGUGCCAGGUGAGCGCGCAGCAGCCUGUCCAGACGGAACUCUUGAUGCGAUACCAGCAGCUUCAGACUCGCCUGGCAACGCUCAAAAUAGAAAACGAAGAGGUGAGGAAAACUCUGGACGCCACAAUGCAGACCCUUCAGGACAUGCUCACAGUGGAGGACUUCGAUGUUUCCGAGGCCUUCCAGCACAGUCAGUCCACAGAGUCAGUAAAGUCAGCCUCAUCUGACUCCUACAUGAGCAAAGUCAACAUUUCGAAGAGACGAGCCAAUCAGCAAGAGACAGAGGGCUUCUACUUCACCAAAUACAAAGAGUACUUAAAUGGCAGCAACCUUAUUGUCAAACUUCAAGCCAAACAUGACCUUCUGAAGCAGACACUGGGAGAAGGGGAGAGGGCUGAAUAUGGAACGACAAGGCCCCCCAUACUCCCCCCUAAACCUCAGAGAAUACGGAAGUCUAGACCUCGCUCCAUUUUUAGGCGUAAGCUGUUUAACGGCAAUAUGGAGGCCUUCAUCCAGGACUCGGGUCAGCCCAUACCAGUGGUGGUUGAGAGUUGUGUCCGAUACGUCAAUCUUUAUGGUCUUCAGCAGCAAGGUAUAUUUCGAGUUCCGGGAUCCCAAGUGGAAGUCAACGACAUUAAAAAUGCAUUUGAAAGAGGAGAAGAUCCACUGGUGGACGAUCAGUCAGAUCAUGACAUCAACUCUGUGGCCGGCGUUCUUAAACUCUACUUCAGGGGCCUGGAGAAGCCGCUGUUCCCUAAAGAGCAUUUCCUUGACCUCAUAUCCACUACGAAGCUGGACUUUGGUUCCGAUCGAGCUCAUCACCUCCAGCAGAUUAUUGCCACUCUCCAGCCGCCUGUGGUCAUCGUCAUGAGAUACCUGUUCGCCUUUCUAAAUCAUCUAUCCCAGUACAGUGACGAAAACAUGAUGGACCCUUACAAUCUGGCCAUUUGCUUCGGCCCCACGCUGAUGCCCAUACCGGAGGACCAGGAUCCCGUUGCCUGCCAGGCGCAUGUUAACGAGGUCAUUAAGACGAUCAUUAUUCACCAUGAAGCCAUAUUCCCACCCCAACGUGAGUUGGAGGGACCUGUGUAUGAGAAGUGCAUGGCCGGAGGCGAGGAAUACUGUGAGAGCCCACACAGUGACGCCGGCGCUCUUGAUGAGGUGGACAACGGUACUGGACCUAACACCAGUGAUGACGAGCUGGAGCAGAUAGAAGCCAUCGCGAAGUUUGACUAUGUGGGCCGAACUCCCAGAGAGCUUUCCUUCAAGAAAGGAGCCUCGCUGUUACUUUACCUACGAGCUUCUGAGGACUGGUGGGAGGGUCGACACAACGGGGUGGACGGCCUCAUCCCGCACCAGUACAUUGUGGUGCAGGACAUGGAUGAUGCAUUCUCAGAAAGCAUACAAAGGACUGACAGUGAGAGCAGCAGCGGAUAUCACGAGGAUCGAUCGUCAACCAGGCAUGAGCACCAGUCUUUUUCUGAACACCCUCCGGAACAUCGCUAUGGGGCACCGAUGGGAAGGGUUAAACUGCGGCCGGAUGGAGUGCCGCUUCAACGCCACAGGAACGGCGACGGCCACAGCCCCACCAGAACCGCCGACGGGCCCCCGAGGGUUGCGCCUCGGCCCUGCAGCCCUCACAAAAUUGCCAUGAGCAGGGGCCCGACAGACAGUCCGGAGAAGCGGCGACUCGCCUCCUUUGGGGCCGCCGGACACCCUCAGCGCUCGUCUCCCGUCACCACUCGGCACGCCAACGUGGGAGACCACAAAGCCCUGGAGACGGAAGCGCUCGCUGAGGACAUUGAGAAAACAAUGAACACAGCCCUCCAUGAGCUGUGUGAGCUGGAGCGACAGAAUGUUGCCAAACACGCUCCUGACGUUGUCCUGGACACGCUGGAACCUCUCAAACACCCCGGCGGCGGCCAGGACGUCCCCGGAAGCCCCCUGCACACCAUGGUCAUCAGAGAUCCCGAGGCGGCCCAGCGGCGAAGCAGCAGUAGCUCCUCCUCUGAAACCAUGACCACGUUCAAGCCCGCCCUGGCGGUGCGCAGGCCCAACGCGCCUGUCAGGCCGCCACCCGUCAGACCGGUCCGGCCGGCUCCCGUACUCACUCAGGGGCCGCACCGAUCCAGCAGCUCCAGUUCAUCAGGUCUGGGCAGUCCGGGCAUGACUCCCACGGACAGGGUUUUUCCUAAAGCUCCUUCCCCUUCACCGUCCGCUUCGUCCUCCUCCUCAGACAAACAGGGUCACGUGUAGGAGCAGCGGUCAGACACAAAUGAAGAAUUGCGAACGAGCAUCCGGUCGCCCUCACUCAACUGAAACGGCACUAAAUCUGUAGUUGGUCACUCCAACUGCUGGUUUUUGACAAAUUUCCACUCACACCUUGACUUAAGCAGUCAAAUAGUACAAUUCUAUAGCAUAGAUGUGGAAUUUAAAAUGGAUGCACUGGAAAAUCCUUUUGUUCCCCAAUAAUAUGGAUCACGUCAGUGACUUUUAUGAGGGUACACGCAUGCUGUGAGCUGAGACUUUUCUGCCCUCGCCAGUGUGAGGCAAAGAAAUGGCACACCAAUCGGUUGUCUGUCAAACUCUUCACGAUGUACCGAUUGAAUUAAAGGGAGCUCGUAGGGAUGUCCCGAUUGCACUUUUUUUUUGAUUCUUUGGUUUUAAGUAUCUGCCGAUACAGAGUCCUGAUCUGUUACCUCGGCAAUGCAUUGAGGGGGAAAAAAAGAGCAUGCAUCCAAAUCUAAAUAUAGAAAUAUACAUACAAACAUGCAUUUAGAUAUAUCUAAAUGCGUACAUAUGUUACAUGAUAUUAAUAGAGGUGUACAUCUCUCCACAAAAGACGAUUCGAUUCAAUUUUCAAUACGACGGCUUAAGGAUGGAACGAUUUUAAGAUGGAACGAUUUGCCAUUUGCUUUUUGCAAACUGCAUAAACCGCAAAACAUUUUGUCAUGUACGCUAUUACCUUUCCAUUUGACAAGAUUUGUAUUGCUUUGGAUUAAUUGGUCACUUAGUGACCUUGUAAAUUUCGUAAAAUGAAGUAAAGAAAAAAAACCCAAUCUUUUCUCUCCUAUCCCUAAUCGGUUUAAAAAUCACGUGAUUGGGCCAAAUUCCAGUCAAGUGAUCGGAACAUCCCUACUAGCCAGUGUGUGGCUCAACAAAACAACUGCACGGUUUAAAUGAAGGUGGCUGGAACUUUGACUUGCAAUGAGGUUGCUGCAUAUUAUAAAUGCUGUGGUGGAUUUGAAUUGUGGCUCCCUCCAGUGUUAGUAAGAAAUAUUUAACCGGUAAGACCAUGUGGAUGGCAGCUGAAUAGAAUUUUACACACACACACACACACACAAAUCUUUGGAAAAACAAAUGGGCUACAUUGAUCGAGCAGACUGCUUUUAAGCCUUUAUUAACUCAAGACGGAUGCGUACUGACACUCCUCAAAUAGUGGCCUCCAUUUUAAUAGAUGUGCUUCAAUUAGUCCCACCUGAAGACGUGAACUCCUUUCCCCGAGCAGCUGGCACAUCAGCUCCAUAGAAAAAACAUGACAGCCUAGCAUAGUACGCAACGCUAGCAGUCGUGAUUAAAUAAAAAUGUAACCAAAAAAACAACAACAAAAGGUGGGUUGGGGCCAUUGUCCUUUCAACCGGGAGUGUCAUUUUUUUUCAUGACAUGCCACUUGGUCGUUAUAGUUGCUGAGUUGAAUCAACGUCUCGUACUUCGCAGUUGAGUCAAUGAAUUCCCCUGGCCGCUAUUUGAGGAAAUCCUGUACAAUGUAAAUGUGAGUGCCACUCAUACUGUACAUUGCCAAUUUCAGCAUCUGAAGCACAAAAGUUACCAUUUGUUUUACGCCAGUUUUACCAUCUCAGCAAACAGUGUGAUAGCAUGUUAGCACCAGUGGGCUGCUAUCUUUACCUUUGGAUGGACCGACCGAGCACAAUCAAAACGUGUGUGUGUGUGUGUUUGCUUAAGGUAUUUAUUAGAAACAUCUCAAGAACAUUGGCACUUUGUAAAGGGUUAACCACACACGGCAUUUCUGUAACUUUUACAUAGAAAAUGAAGGAAAUAGCAAAAUCAUAUUUCAAUAAUAUAUACUAGAA